UUUUAUUCAUGAUGAAGCAGAUGCAUAACAAAGGAUAUAUAAAAUAGUUUCUGAGUGUAUUUCUCAGGUGAACGAGUUUCUUUGCCUUUUCUCCUCUCGUGCGCACCCGAACGCUUUGCCAGUUGACAAACAUCACCGACAAGUCCGCAUUUCUCGUCUUCCAAAAUCUCCAACGUUUUUUGGUAAAAUUCAAAAUAAUUUGGUAAAUUGGCGGUGCACUGAAGAAACAUCGAACUAGAUAGCCUUAUUUUCAAAGUAAAUUUCUUAUCUUUUUACAAAUUUCUAUAGUCUGAUCAUAUCGCAAUCAAUUGCGCGUGCGACAUUGGCUAAACGGCGUCUUCUAUAAAUAGAAACAAUGUGUUUAAUUAUUUUAUACCGCUUCCCUACAACAAUAGAAACAAAAGUUUUUGGCUCAGCUUUUUUUCUUUUAAUUGUGCCUGUCGUAUACUGAAUUAGUAUACAAACAGAUCCCUCACCGUUUUUUAUUCCUUCAACAUGAGAUUUCUAAUUACAUAUGUCGGAAGGAUGAUGAAUUAUAUCUAUGAUAAAACGUGUCAAUGAAGUCAAUUGAAGAUUUUCAUUUAAAUAAAUGAACUGUUGUGCUUUACACAAAGAAGUUCCUAUUUUCUCAUUCAACUUUGUAAACGGAAGGAAUCCUGUCGCGGAUUGCUUUCUUUUGUUAACGAUAAAGGAUGGAAAAUUAAUUGCAUGGGUUUUAACAUAUAUCCUUGAACCAACAUUUCUGGUUAAAUUGUUGUGAAGUUUAUCUUCGUUUAAGGAAGUGCCACUAGCGCUCCGGUUGAAAAGCAUAGUAGCAGAUCGAUCAUGUCAUUGAGAAACAACACCAUGUUUCAAGUAACCGCCAACGAAACUACACUGGGCCAACAAAACAGGGAGUGUAUCUUUACCAGUGAUUCGACUGUAGAGAAAAUUUCCAAACUUUGGGCGUAUUGUGUUAUUUUGCUGGGCAGCUUUUUCGGGAACGCGUUUAUAAUCGCCAUCGUCUACAAGCACCGAGAUUUACACAAAACAAUUAACUAUUUCAUCGUGAACAUGGCUGUGUCGGAUUUGAUUUUUCCGCUCUUAGUAUUGCCAGUUCAAAUAAGAAGAAUGCAAGCCGACUCACAGGAUUGGCCAAUCAACGGUAUCUUUGGGUUGAUGUUUUGCAAGUUGUGCUAUUUCGCAAGUCUAGUGUCCAUGCAUGUUUCUGCUCAAAGUUUGGUGUGGAUUGCAAUUGAUAGAUUUGUCGCCGUGGUUUUCCCAUUAAAACUUGGCCUUAUUUCGAAAAAGAUUCGCACAAUAGCUAUUGUUUCAAUGUGGAUUUUUGCAGGCUUUCUCCACUCUCCAUCGCUAAUAGUUGUGGAACUUGUGGUAACUGCCAGUGGUACGGUUUGUAAGGAAGUGGACUCAGAAUCAGUUUUCUCUGACCAAGAGGCCAUAACAACAUAUUUGUGGCUUCAGUUUACUUUCUUGUAUAUAGGACCCUUAUUUUCAAUAACCAUUUUGUACACUGCGAUAGCAAUUGCUUUAAAAAAGCGGAACAAAGCCCUCGCGAACACCGAACCAAAUGUAAAACGAAGUCAGUCUAUGAGGAACCGAAGACAAGCUAUGCUAAUGGCGGUUGUUAUCAUGGUGUUGUAUUACAUUUGUGUUACACCCCACACUUUACUUCAUUUCGUACCCUUCUGGAGACCUUCUUGUGCCUUUCUACGAGUACUAAUUUUCAUGGCAAGUUUCUCGAUUUACUCAUCUUCUAUUGUCAAUCCAACAAUUUGUCUGACAUUUGUUAAAAGCUAUCGUCGUGGAUUGAGAAACAUUUUAUGUCCCUGCAGCAGAUUGCCGAAAGAAAAGAUGACGAAACCGCGCGGGCAGAUAACUCUAAAAAAGAUUAAAAAUCUAACUAAAGAAAGCCGUCCUCGACAUUCCAAGGACUCAGAAAGUGACAAAGAAAUAUUGGACACUGCUUUGUAGAGAUAAAUAUAAUUAAGCACUUUCCGAAAAAUGUAAAUGGGAAAGGAAGAGAAAAUGGAACUGAAAUUCGCGGUAAGAAUAUUCAAAGCGAACUAAAAAAACAUAUACUCGCCAGUUUGUUUUCAGAGUAGCGCCGUUCUACAUCAUUUCAUUGACAUUACAGCGGACUUUAGAACAAAGAAAACGAAGUUUGGAGAGGUGAUUAUACCACAAUAAAACCAAUUUCAAACCGGGAUUUUAAGUCGAAUAAGAAGCGUUCGUGUACUUGCUUAUUCACUGCCUAGUCUUUCAUUUACUAUCUUCAAUUGUGCACUGGAUUUUAAUUAUUUUCAUGCGUUCUUAUUUCCGAUCCGUUAUUUCUCAUCACAACAGUUUACAGCAGGAUAAAAAAAUAUAUAUAUUAUGAAAUUCGUCUUUAGCGGGUAUGUUGUUUACAUUAUUCAACAGACCGAAAGAACCUUAUGCAGCUAAGAUCCACUACUCAAUAGCACAUUACUGUUAUAUGUUUGCUCUAUGCCAAAAGGGAAUACUUUUUCAAUCUAUUGAGUUGGUCUUAAUUACUUUUUGCGAUGUGAAAUUUCUUUCUCUGUAUCAGGUCAAGGAAAUUAUUUCCUUGUUUGUAAAAGGUAGGCUGAUAAAUAAUACACGGCUUCGAUUAGCAAUAUAGGAAUAAGAUAUUUUGACUUGAAAUUCAGGCUAGUGAGAAUCGAGAACAAAAUACUGUUGUGAUUGGCUGACGAAAAUGGACUUUAAUGUGAAGUAUAUAUAAAAUAAUUCAUAUUUGAACUGCGGU